AUGAGGGGAAAGCGAUCAGAAACGUCUAUAUUGACGCUACAAGGAGACGAGAGCGAGGAGAGAUGCGAAAACUUGGUAGAGAUUCUGCUUCAUUUCUGUCAGGUAUAUAACGAAACUAAUCAACAUCAACCUCAAUUGAGCUUGAAACUAUGGAAGAUGUGCCGGAGGUCGAAUAUCUUUGCACCGCAGAGGCAGAAGCCAAGGAUAAUGGCAACCGCAAAUUUUAGAACAUCACCGUGUUCACAAUGCUCAUUGAGAACCUAUUCUGAAAUGCCAUCGGUGUUUUCUACGCCUAUCGUAAUGGUCCAUGCUUCAAAAUGCACCAUCAAACUUCCAACUUACGAAACUUCUAGGCACCAGAGACAGUCCCGAAACCUUUAA